AUGGGCCGGGCGCAGGAGGUGCAGGCGGAGAACGUGACGGUGCUGGAGGGUGGCACGGCCGAGAUCACGUGUCACCUCCACCAGUACGACGGCUCCAUCGUCGUCAUCCAGAACCCGGCCCGGCAGACCCUCUUCUUCAACGGCACCCGCGCGCUGAAGGACGAGCGGUUCCAGCUGGUGGAGUUCAGCCGUCGGCGGCUGCGGCUGCGUCUGGCCCGGGCCCGGCUGGAGGACGAGGGCGGCUACUUCUGCCAGCUCUACGCCGACGACACCCACCACCAGAUCGCCACCCUCACCGUGCUGGGUAGGGACACGGGGCGGGGGAAGGUUUUCCGUCAGCGGAACGUGCUGCGGCUGCGGGUGGAGAGAAGGGACCACGGGGCCAUCGUCACCUGCGAGGCCACCAGCCCCGCCCUGCCCCGCGGCCAGCGCCGCCAGACACAGUACAUGCUGGACGUCCACCCCACGGAGAUCUCCUGGAGCCGGGGGAACGAGUCCCUCCCCCCCCGCGCCGUGGCCCGGGGGGAGGUGCUGACGCUGCCGGCGCUGGGACCCCAGGACAACGGCACCUACAGCUGCCAGGCCCACAACCCCCACGGCCGCGCCGCCGACCACUACGUCCUCGUCGUCUACGGUGAGCCACCCACGGCGACCCAUGGCUGCCCCAUAGCCCCUCCCCCAGACCUGCCGGGCUCCACCCAGUGCCGCCGCUGCCUCAUCACGUUCCCCGACGCCGCCUUCGCAGCGCGUCACGCCAAGCGCCAGCACCCGCGGGACUUCGCCGCCGCCGCCCUGCGGGGGGCGCUCUUCGUCUGCUUCGUCUGCGCCCGCCCCUUCCCCUCCAGCCCCGCCCUCCUGCGGCACCA